GGGUUACUCUGGCCCGAAUUCACUCUUUGGCGUGUCCUCCAGCGGUCAAUUCUGCCCUGAAAUUCGUGGUACUUAAAAGUUGCAGCCAUUUCAACAGCCAAACAACAAUGCUAAAAGUAUGCUCUCUCUCUCUCACUCUCAGCACUAUAGCGUCUUACCGCUGCAACUGUUGCAUUAAUCUAGUAGCCUACUAAGCUUUUCAAUAAUUUAUCUAUCACAAUCUUGGCUUGCCUCGAUCUUGCAAAUUGAACCCAAGAUUUGAAUCCGGAAGUCUCCCCGUUCCAUCCUUCCUUAUCUCUCUCUCUCUCUCUCUCUUUUCAUAGUACUACUACUUCGUAUAUUACCCCUUCUCUUUUCAAACCCAACCCCACACCACAGCUUUUCUAGUUGUAACCCCUCCAAUCUUUCCACUGGUUCUUUUCUCAUGCAGCUCUUUAAACUCCGAGCCCAAUUCAAAAACUGAUCCCUGCAUCAUCGUCUCCAUCAAGAUUUUAUAGGGUUUUCCGUCGUGGUGGUACCGGUGCUCUCUCUAUACCCAUCCCAUGGCUGCUCAAAAACAUUUACACGAACUUCUGAAAGAGGAUCAAGAGCCCUUUCACUUGACGAAGUACAUAGCCGAUAGGCGCUGUCUGCUUAAAACGUCCAAUAAUCCUCCUCCCAAAACGGCCUCCACAUCACUACAACUCAAGAAGGGCAAGCCUAUCAUCGAAACCAGAGCAGUCAACAAAAGCAAUUUAUGCAGGCAUGCUUGCUUCUUAUCUUUCCAUGGUUCUCCGGUGAACGUUAGAAUGUCUCCUUUUCUUGAUUUGCAUCCUUCGCCGGCCAAGAGUCCUUGUAGAAGAAAUCAAACCGGUACAGUUUUCCUCCACGUCCCAGCCAGGACUGCUGCCUUACUUCUCGAAGCUGCAAUGAGGAUUCAGAAACCGCAGCCUUCUUCUUCUUCUUCUUCUUCCUCCUCUCUCGCAAAGCCCAAAUCACAUCAGGUUAGAAACAAGGGCCUCGGCUUAUUUUCUUCCAUUCUUAAAAAACUCAAGGACCGAAACAAGAACAAGAAGGUUGGCAUUCGAGACGCUGAAUUCAAAAUUCCGCGAAAAAGCGAUGCGAAAAUGGAGGAAAAUGUAGCUGCCAUGGAGAGUACCAAUAUUGAGGUUGGAGCAUUUUCUUGUUCUUGCAACAAUAGUAGGCUUAGCAGUGCAGGAUGGUCGGAGAGUAAUGAAGACAACAAGUCUUUGGACAUGGAGACUUCUACUAGUGGCUGUAGGUCCGAGGAGGACUUAAAUGAUCAUGAAAUGGUUUUUGUUGCUCAACAGAGUUUAAAUGGUGCUUGUGCAUCUUGUGAUAAUCUUUUUUGCUCCAGCCCUUUUAGAUUUUCCCUCCAGAGAAGCCCCUCUUUUGGUGGUAGUCGGACACCGGAUUUCUCGUCUCCGACAGCAUCUCCCAGCCGCCGCAAGGAAGAGGACAAGAAGAAUAAUAAAUAUGACGGCAAUGGCUAUGAAAAUAGCGCUAAAUUGAAAUUGGAAGAAGAGGAGGAGGAUGAAAAAGAGCAGUGCAGCCCAGUAUCUGUAUUGGAUCCUCCAUUCCAAGAUGAGGAUGAAGAAGAUGAGGAUCGUGGUGAAGAAGACGAGGAAGAAGAUUACGAUCUUGAAUGCAGUUUUGCUAUUGUACAGAAGGCAAAGGAGCAGCUUCUGUACAAGCUUCGGAGAUUCGAGAAACUUGCAGAGCUAGAUCCUGUUGAACUUGAGAAAAGAAUGAUGGAACAAUUAGACGAUGAUGAUGAUGAUGAAGAUGAGAAUGAAGAAGAGCGAGCAGAGGAAGAAGAGAAAUGUAUGGAGAAUGACUUAUUGCCAUUGUACAGAGGCUGCAGUCUCGAGUCAUUUGUCAGCGAUGUAUGCAGGAAAUCAAGCCUCCCGAAUCGAAGGAAAAUUCCAGCUGACAUGAAGAGGCUAGUUUCGGACUUGAUUUCAGAGGAGAAGAGGGAAAUCAAGAGCUCGGAAAACAAGGAAAUCGUAGUAGGAAGAGUUUGCAAGAAAUUGGAUUCAUGGAAGGAGGUGGAGUCUAAUACCAUUGACAUGAUGGUCGAAUUGGAUUUCAGAACUGAGUUUGAUCUGUGGAAGAGGUUUCAGGAGCAAAGGGAAGAAACUGCAUUGGAAAUUGAAAUUGCCAUCUUUGGUUUUUUGGUGGACGAAAUAUUGGAAGAGCUACCAUAAUCAUCCGGUCUUUUGUCAAAACCUCUACCGUGGUUUUGGUUUUGCCUUGACGACUCUUUUUUUCCCUUUUAUGAAAAAAACGAAGAAGAAGAAGAAGAAGAAGAAUCGGAGGAUGAUAAUCUAACUUCAUCUGGGUUGAGAUUGUAAUGAUACAUGAAUAUUGUAUUAUUGUCCUGUGUACUCGAGCGGAUGCUUUGCGCGUCCUAAUCCUUGGUCGUAUCAAUAGUGAAGAUGCAACCGGCUGCUUGUUUUCCCCGGGAUCAAAGAUGAAACCAACCAAAGCACUUUCAAGUACCA